CUCCGCGCAACAGCAGCUUGCUAAUAGACUAUUAUACAACGUAUUUUUGGCGCCAGUGACAGCUACAGUUGGGUCGACAUCUGCUGCGCUGUGAUCCAUCCACCAUGCCACUCCACCUGCUGUCGAAGAAGUCUUGGAAUGUCUAUGCACCUGAAAACAUAGCUCGAGUCAAACGCGAUCAAGCAAGCGCUCGAGCUCGUGAGGAAGAAAAUGACAGAAAACAACAGGAAGAUGAUUCUAGGAAACGUCUUGCGUGGCUACGUGGCGAAACACCAUUAAUAACGCAGAAUGAACAUUUGAGCUUGAUCAGAAAGCAGGAUUCCAAGAAAGACCAUGGCCAUGGAAAUGACCAUGGAAAGAGAAGACGGCUUCAAGGCGAAGACGACACAGAUCGGGAUCUUCGUCUUGCCCGUGAAACUAUGAAAUACGGACACAACCAUGCCAUAGAGCAUGCGCAACAUGCUGAGAAACGAAGGCGAUCGGGCGUAACGAUAAUCGACCAUGAAGGUCACAUUAAUCUCUUUCCAACAGAAGAUAAAACUGCUUUAGGAAGUCAUAGUAAUGCUGGAGUUGAAGCUGAAGAAAUGCGACAACAGCGUAAUAAUGAGGGCCAAUAUUUAAGGGAUUCAAACGCCGAUGAGAGAGAUGGGUCAAGCCAACGCCCUUGGUAUACUCUGAUCGAAAGGUCACAGCAAGAAGAUACGGACUUCAUUGAACGCAGAGGCAUAUGGGGCAGGCCUGAUUCGAGUGCCAAGCUUAGAGAGCAACUUCGGCAGAGCAGCAAUGAUCCUCUGGCUUUGAUGCAAAAAGCACAGUCACAACUUAAACUGGCGGAGAGAGAAAAAGAUCGAUGGCGACGAGAGGAACAAAUAACCGUCUCAAGACAUGAGAAUCAACGCAAGCGUCGACAUCGAGAGUGUAAGAUCGAUCAACUGUAUAGGGACCGAAGGAUAAGCGGUACACCCGAGCGUAGACGACGAAAGGAAGGUCACGAACAUGAAACAAAUCAACCAAAGGCUUCUUCACACCGUCAUAAGACUUCGGAUCAACGCUGUUUCUCACCCAAAGUCCGGGAUGACUUUCGUCUUGAUGGAUAAGAACAUCUUUUAAAUAUCAGAUUAGUUCGAACUCAACACCAACGACGCUCUGGCGUGAUCUCAAGUCAAUCAUACAGUCUCGGGUCAGGAAGCCCCUUCAUGUACAUUUUCGAUUUCUUCAUAAAUACAAGCCCCGUCUGCAUAAUAAUCACGACGUCAAAGGGUGAAGAAUACAAUAACAGCGUAUGAUCUCAAAGCAGCAAAAUUACUCCACCAAACUCGAUUUGCUGGUUUCUUAGAUAUUUCUCUCCCAGCGAAUAAGUCUCUGCAAAUCAAUUUUUGGCUGCUUGUUUCACUCAACAAAUGAGUCUAGGCUUCUCG